GAUGGCGGAGGCAUUCAUUCCAAGCCUGACUGGUCCGCGCCUUCGGGACCAUGUGGCUGCGGCUUCGGAGUCUCCUUUCUUUUCUGAUAAGGAGGUGGUCAAGGACGCCGACAAGCAUUUAUUCUUGGCUUUGCUUGAGGGGGUUCCCACAGGCUAUGAUGGCGAUAUUCCCAAGUCUAAUGUUUUCACUCAGCGUGCCGACCCCACUUUGCUUUGCGAGCUUUUGCAGAAAGAGGUGGAUGCUGGAUGGUUGGAGACCAUUCCUUUGCACGAGGCUCAGGCUCGCUGGGGCUCUCGCCUGGCCGUGGGGAUGCACAAUGGAGCUUUGGCAGGCUUUUCCUUGGACAUUGAGGCGGCGCACAAAACAGUUCGUGUUCGUGAUGGGACUUUGCGUUACCUAUUUUAUCGCGUUUGUCCUUUUGGGGCUGUUUUCAGUGCACAUUGGUUUCAGCGAGUCAGUGCCUUUCUGAUCCGUAUGCUUCACCCUUUCCUUUAUGUGCGCCACUCUCUUUUCGUGUACAGUGAUGAUUUGCUGGGCAUCACGGAGCAAUCGGUGUUGGAGAUCACCUUCGCUUUGGUCCUUGCCUUUUGCGUUUGCUUUGGAUACCCCAUUUCUUGGAAGAAGCUUCAAAUGGGCCCGCGUAUCCUUUGGAUUGGUUGGAGCUUUGACUUCGGCGCUGGGGGAGUCGAGGUUCCUUCCGAUAAAACUUCGAAGUUGCUUGCUGGUCUGCGCGACAUCUUGAGGCAGGACAGGGUCGACAAACGCGAGCUCCAUCGCGUUAUCGGCCUUAUCCAGUGGAUCCUUCAGCUGUUUCCUUUGCUUAAGCCAUGGAUGAACACGCUUUACUGUGAUUUGCAUUCUCCUUUUGGAACAAACUAUAGCAUGGAUCCGGGUGACUUUCCUUCCAUUGCUGAUUUCUUGGACGACACAUUGACUUUUACUUCGCUCAUUUCAGGGACUGCAAUCCCCUUGGGGUCCAAGCUUCUUUCGGUUCGACACGUCGACAUUAAGCGCAAACGUGAUCUUGCUCAGGUGCCUUUGACGUCGAAGCGUCUGUGGCUCCGCGUGGCUGCCAGCAGUCGGCGGCGUCUUUCGCCGGCCUCCAAGCAGUUCUUGCUUUACUGGAAGCAUUGGGCCGAGGACCCUCCUCUUCUUCGCCCUCUGCAGAUUCCUUUGGCAUCACCUGUGGAGGCGGCGGCUGACGCCAUGGCCUCCUCCAACAAGUUUGCGAUUGGUGGGUACGUCCAGAUGCCUAGUGGUAACCUUCUUUGGUUUUCGCAGUCUUGGGUCAUGGCCGAUUUGCAGUUCACGAAAUUGGAUCUUAGCGAUGAUGCCCAGGCCUACAUCGCUUCUUUUGAAACCCUGGCCCAGAUUGCUUUGCUGCACUGCGCGAUCAAAUCCUGGUGUGAUAAUGCCGGUGCUGAAAGCGUGUCCAAUAAACUUUAUACCCGCAAGUAUCCGCUUUGCAUUUUUGCACAACGACUGGCGCUUUUCAGCGCGUAUUCGUCGAUGUCUUUGGACGUUUCUCAUAUACCUGGCGAAUACAACAAGGAUGCUGAUAUGCUCUCCCGCAUCGAGGACUUUUCGGAGCUGCCUGCCAGGUUUCCUUUGAAUACGCGUCUGGUUCUGGACCUGGAGCAGCUUUGGUUUCGCCGGUCUGCGGUUUCCUUGACUCCGCCUGACUUUCCACUGCGCUGGAAGAUACCUGUGAAUGAGUUCUUUC